CAGGGCAGUACACUUUGGCUCCAACUGCCUGUGGAGGAGCAACUGUGGAGGAGGAGGCGGCGGCGCAGGAGUUGGGCGGGGCCCCCAGAUUUUCAUGCUAUUUAAGUCAAUGAAGUGCUGCAGGAGGAACAUCAGCAGUUGGAUAAGCCGAAGUUGGCGAAGCCCGAGCAGCAGAAACAGGAGUUUGAACUGGCCAAGGAAUUCAUUAUCAUGGUAGAGUUGCCGGCUCCAAGAAACUGAAGCAGUUCUGCUUGUAAGUGUUUAAUAAGCACAUAUGUUGGCAUCUACUAAACGUUACUUGGUACAUAUAAAAAAAAUUCUUGCAAUGAUCUUUACAAAUGACUUCGAUCGGACGCUGCGCAACAAUAUGUAGCACUGCCGUAUGGCAACAGGCGCGUGUCUGUGGCAACGAUGCGUUGCCAUGUUAACCACAUUAUAAACAAGUAAAAGUGCGCUGGAAGAGUGUGCCCGACUAGAAGAUUCCCUGCAUAUAGCUUUCGAUACUUAUGAAAUUUUCAGUGCUUAAAUAUAUAUAUUUAUCGAUAAUUAUCGAUCUAAAUUUCUGUUUUAAAGGGAACGGAGCUCAUAUAAACUAUCGAUAUGUGCUAUAAACACCACAAUCAAUAAUCGAUAAUUAUCGAAUUCGAGAAAAAACGGAUUACUUCUGCCUGUUCCAUACAUGAGCACAACUGCAAUAUACCCUACUUCGAAGCACUUCCUAUUGCCACGAUGUCCAGGCCGUUGAACAAGGAUUAUCGAGCUGCUGAUUUCCAGCAGCUCAGCCAGCUGAUCAGGAAUCAUCCGCUGAUGAAGACGACCACGUCGGAGCAGCUGCCCAUGCAGACGCUGCGCUCGCCCGAAUACCGCACCAAGUGCGUGAUGCGCGCCUCGCUGGAUGACAUAGCGCUGGGCAUAAAUCUGUUCAAGCUGCAGUUGGGUGGCGACAGGGACAGGGACAGUGACAGGGAGAGGGAGAGGGACACGGCCAAAGCAGAAACUGUUGGCUUUGCGCCCGCGGCUCGCAAAUCGGCCAAGCCGACGGCCACGCCCUUUAUCAAAGUGCUGCUGAGAAAGACGCCGCUUGUGGUGCUGUUCGAGCGCCCCAGCAUGACGGCCGAGGCGGACAGCGAGGAGGGGCGCCAGGUGUUGGCGGAUAAUCGGCGCUACGAGCAGCUGCUGGCGGGCACAGACAAAUCCCGACGCACCGUCGACUCGGAAACGCAGACGAUAUCGACGCUGCUGAAAUCGCGGCUGGUCAACACGGAGCGCCUGCGCACCGACCAGGUGGCCUCCUAUGUCUCCAACUUCGAGAUGUUCGACACGUACAAGGAUCUGGAGGCGUCCACGAAGAGCGUUCAGGUGCAGGGCGACCAGCAAAUGGAGGUGACCACCUAUCGCGUCGGCGGCGUGGAUCAAUUUGUGGCCAUCAAUAAGCUGUCCAGCUUCCGGCUGGCGCUUAUGCUGACCAUGCGCAUCCUGGCCAGCAAUGUGUACGAGCCGGAACAGCGCCGUUUUCGCAAUAUGACGCCACCCGAUCCGCUCGCCGAGGAUGUAAAGUUCCGGUACCGGCUGCGCCUGCUCUGGCGUCUGAGUGCACCCACCUCCUGCCCGUUGCCCGGAGCCCGGCAGGCGGUGACCGGGAUUAGUUUUUGUCCCAGCAAUGGCGACAUUUUUGCCGUGUCGUAUGGUAUUUAUACCCAUGCGCAGCUGGGCAAGCAGCCCGGCAUCAGUCCCGGCCAUGUCUACGUGUGGAACAUCAAGAAUCCGGUGAAUCCGGAACGCUGCUACAAUUACGCCGUGCCCGUGGUCACGUUACAGUUCGCGCCGGCGGCUCCACAGCUGCUGGCCAUUGGCCUGCACAAUGGCGAUGUCCAGGUGCGUGACAUUUCGCAGCCGGAGGAUCAGCCGCCGCUGGCCAACUCGCAGCGCAGCAGCUCACCCCACUUCGAGCCGGUGACAUCCAUCAAGUGGAUACAGCGCACCGAUGGCGAUGUGCCCGGCGAGCCCGAUCUGACGCCUCUACUGGCUGCCUCGCAGUCGGGCGCCAUCACCAAAUAUCAGCUGAUUAAUAGUCCACAUCUGUUGGGCUUUCAGCAUCAGUAUUUUGAGCGUGCCGAGGCCGAGCUGGAGGGGAUUCCCCUCCAGUGUCAGGCGCAGCGUGUCCCACUCCUGGCAAAUCGCCACGUGCAGUGCCUGGAACUCGUGCUGGAUCCGUUGCAAACGGAUUUUUACUAUGUGCUCACCGAUGAGGGCACCAUGUACAAGUGCUCCACCAAUUAUCCACUGCAGCAUCUGGAGCAGCGCCAGGUGCACGAAACGCCCGCCGUCUGCAUGGACUUCUCGCCCUGGUCCCCCAAGCUCUACUUGACCUGUGGCAGCGAUUGGUGCAUUCGCAUCUGGCUGGGCGGCAUCCUGCUGCCGCUGAUCACCCUGCAGCAUCAUCUGUCGCCGGUGCACUGCGCCCGCUGGAGCCGCACUCAUUCGACCAUUUUGGUUUCGCUCAGCCACAGCACCAUCGACAUCUGGGAUCUGCGCAACAGCACACUGAAGCCCGUCUCGUCCACCACAAUCGAUGCCCGGAUUGACUACACGACCUUCUGCUUUUCGCACUGUGGUCGCUGCCUGGCCGUGGGCAAUGAGGCCGGCAAUCUUCUCAUGCUCGCCUUUGAGGACAUGCCCUUUCCGCCGCAUUUUCAGUACAGGCAGCUGAAGCGUGCGCUCUUCAAGGCCCUGGCCUUGGAUCCGGAGCUGCUGCAACAGGUCAAGAGCGUGGGUUCCUUUAGUUAUCCCGAAGGCGGCAAGCACACAGCAGCGCAAUAGACUUGUUCGGAGAAUUAAAAUUACUUAAGCAACCAUUUUCCCCCAGAGGCGUGAUUUACCCGAAACGCGUGAAACACAGCUUUAAUAAAUGUGCCCCAUUUUUCACCAAGCGAGAAACAAGCAAAUAAUAAAGGAUAAAGGAGUUAAUAAA